UAAACCCUGCAGCAGCAGCAGCAGCAGCAGCAGCAGCAGUAGCAGCAGCAGCAGCAGCAGCAGCAGCAGCAGCAGCGACAGCAGCUAUUUCGGGUCCGCACAUGCAGCAGCACCCCGUCCAGAACCCUCAUCAACAGCAGCAGCAACAGCAUCAGCAGCAGCCACAGCCACAGCAGCAGCAGCAGCAGAAGCAGCAGCAGCAGCAGCAGAAGCAGCAGCAGCAGCAGCAGCAGCAGCAACAGCAGCAGCAGCAGCAGCAGCACCUGAGUUGGUGGGUGUCGUAG